AUGGGAAAGAAAGACGCCAGUGUCAGGCAUCACUUGUUACUUCAUUCACGUGUAUUGUUUCAGAAUCAACACAAGGGGAAAUACCUUCUGGAGUAUGUUUGUCGACAACUGAACUUAGCAGAGAAGGAUUAUUUUGGACUUCGUUAUGUAGAUGCCACACGACAAAGGCACUGGUUAGACCCGGCAAAAUCUGUGAUAAAACAAGUCAAAGAUAUGGAUCCUAUAUUGUUCAGCUUCCGUGUAAAGUUUUAUCCACCAGACCCCUUCAGACUGAAGGAGGAAAUAACUCGAUACCAGAUCUACCUGCAGCUCAAGAGAGAUCUCCUCCAUGGACGCCUGUACUGUACGCCGUCAGAAGCAGCCCUGCUGGCUGCUUAUAUAAUUCAGUCGGAGUUGGGUGAUUAUGAUCCAGAAGAGCAUGAAGAUAAUUAUGUCUCAGACUUCAAACUGUUAUUAAAGCAAACACCAGAAAUUGAGGGAAAGAUAAUGGAGCUGCACCAAACACAACUAAGAGGGCAGACACCAGCACAAACAGAAACCAAUUUUCUGAGGAAAGCCUGCCAGCUGGAUACAUAUGGUGUUGAUCCUCAUCCUGUAAAGGAUCACAGAGGAAACCAGUUAUAUCUUGGGAUAAACCAUUGUGGUAUCUUAACAUUCCAAGGCAGUCGCAAGACACAUCACUUUCGUUGGAGUGAGGUUCAGAAAAUAAAUUAUGAAGGGAAAAUGUUUAUUGUUCACCUUACAUAUAAUGAGAAAAAACAUACAGUUGGUUUCAAAUGUCCUACUGGGGCAGCUUGUCGCCAUGUCUGGAGAUGUGCCAUAGAACAGAUGCUUUUUUUUACACUUCCCUCGAGUUCUGAAGCACCUUCAGUGGUGACAGGUGGCAGUUUCUUUUCCUGGGGAACAAAGUUUCGAUACACUGGUCGAGUUGAGAAAGAAAUUCUUGAAGAUUCUGGUCCAUUGAGAAAGGAAGAGCCAUCAAUAAACAGGAAUUUUCGCUCAUCUAGUUUGCGGCGGAAGGCUUCCAGUGUUCCAGCCACUCCUUCAACACCUAUUGGCUCGGAACUGGGGUAUGGAAGUCUCCCAAGAGCCAAUCAUUCUGCACCAACCUCAGAUGCACGACUGGAUGCCAGCGGAAAUAUUUUGUGUGGAUCUGAUGUUCCACUUUCAUCACCUUACUGCACAGACUCUGCACUGCCACUUCUCGAGACUGUUGCUGAAGAUCAAGAAAUAACAGGGAAGCAUCGGUUACAAGCUGAGGAUAUUGAUGCAUUUAUUAAGCAUGAAAAAAACCAGAAUUCACCAUCACGCACUUCUACCACUCAAUGCAUGGUCCCUUGCACUUCCACACCCAAGGGAGACAUUGUUUAUGAAUCAAAUCUGGAUAAAGGGUUUGAAAAACAUCAGAAAGCAACAGAAGAAAAGAAUGUAACUGACGGCAUUAAGGAACCUUCCCAACACAAAUUAGGUCUGAAGGAUGGAGAAAAUGUGCAGCAUGGUUUUGAUGACUAUUACUUCCGCGACUCGUUUGAGCACUCGUCAUCGGAGUCGCAACUAAUGGAGCUCGGUCUCAAGCAGACACACCUGGGUACAACACCCACCAGGACACAACCUCCACCUAUACAAGCACCUCCUACCUCUUCACAGGUGGGACUUGUAUCGGCGCAACAUUCGGGUGGCACUAAUCGUCGGUUCAACAUUUUUCGUGUGUUUGUGCCAUCAUUUCUAGUUGUUGUGGCAUCACUAGUUAUUGGUACUGUGUUUAUACUCGAGCUGGACUGUGAAACAUUUAGCACUCUGCGGCGAUGGCCAGAAAUGGUAGUACUGCGGCAUGAUUAUUAUGAACCUAUGAAGGAAUACUUACGGAGGCACUUUGUAGGCUGGUUAUCGUAGAAUAACAGUGAAACUUUUAUUGUUACCUGUGCCUAGGGACUUUGACCCACACCUACAGUAGUGGUGCAAUAAUGACUGUACCAGACAGCUGUAACAUGCAUGUAUGUUUUCUUUGGAAAUGCUUUUUCUGUGAGACUAACAGCGAAGGGAAAUCUGCAGGGAUACAUACUGUCCACUCUGUAAGUAAACGUAACUGGUUUCUAGUGCAAGACUUUCUGAAACAUUUGGGAACUUUUUUACAUAUUAAUAAAUGUCCUCCUUCACAGCUUUUAUGGGACUUCAAAAUAACUAAUGAACAGUUUUUUAAAAACGUUGAUUUAAAUUCUCCCUGUGCGCCUUCCGUUACUCCUCAAAGUGCCUGCAACCACUGUUGGCAGUGGUUAUUCCAUUUCUUCUUGCCCCAAAUUUUUGUGGUAUCUUUCAUCAGAGUAAUACCUAUUUACAUAUUUUGUUACCAUACAGCAUUAAUAGGAACAAGUACUGAUGGGGCCAAUAAAAAUGUGGCCUAAGAAAUGCUGCUGUUGCUCUGUAUGAAAUUUAUGGAUAUAAAAGAUUGUGCUUUCACAUAUAUCACAUUGUCAAUUAUAAAUGAAAUCUUUGUUAUUUUUAAUAGUUUUUAAAAAUGGUUGGUAUAACUGUGUAACAGAGAUGCAAGAUUUUGUUUUUAAAUAACACAGCCAGAAGGCUUGUUUCAGAUUGAAUGACACAACUGUUUCAUUGUUUUACUGAAUAAUCAACAAAAAUCUAUGUUAUCAUCAUGAUAUUUGAUGAGGUGCACAUUCCACAUUAUCACUGUUAUAAAUAAUGGACUUUUAAUGUAUCUAACUGUGAUCCAGAAUUGAAAGUACAAAAUGUACUGCGCGAAAAGGAUGUUUUAAGUUUUAAAAGUCUAAUGUAAUGAAAUUUUAUUUAUUUAUUUAAUCUGUGUUCAAACAAGGUACUCAAUGAAGAUGAUUUCAUGGCACAUUCUGUGUUCUUUAAGAAAGAAAUGUAAGGAAAUGUUUUAAUGUAUACAUUCCAUAAGCAUUUUAUUGUAUUAUUAUAAAUGUAGAGUUACAUUCCUUUAUUUUUAAUAAGUAGACAAUGACAGUAUAGCCUCCACCUCUUCCACUCUUCUUUCAUUCAGGUGCUUUCUGCUGUUUAUGGAACUGAGUGCAGCAAUAAAUAAUACAAAUUUGGAAUGAAGGUCAA